AUGACUGCUGCAGACGCUGAAUUCACAGCAAUUGCCGAUGAUUGGCUUGGCAUCACUGGCUGGCGUAUCGAAAACUUUAAGCUCGUUAAAGUUGCAGAGAUGGGCGCCUUCCACACAGGAGAUUCUUAUUUGUAUCUUCACGCUUACCUUGUUGGCACAAGCAAGCUCGUCCAUCGUGAUAUUUACUUCUGGCAGGGCUCCACAUCCACAACAGAUGAGCGCGGUGCUGUUGCUAUCAAGGCUGUUGAACUUGAUGACAGAUUUGGAGGCUCUCCAAAGCAACACAGAGAAGUCCAGAACCACGAGUCAGACCAGUUCAUUGGACUCUUCGAUCAGUUUGGCGGUGUUCGCUACCUCGAUGGCGGUGUUGAAUCAGGAUUCCACAAAGUCACAACAUCUGCAAAGGUUGAGAUGUACAGAAUCAAGGGAAGAAAGCGCCCAAUUCUCCAGAUCGUUCCAGCUCAGCGCUCCUCCCUCAACCAUGGAGAUGUUUUCAUUAUCCAUGCUCCAGGAAAGUUCUUCCUCUGGAUUGGCAACAAGGCAAACCUUAUGGAGAAGAACAAAGGUGCUUCCGCUCUUAGCAUCAUGAAACAAACAGAUCCAAAGGCUACAGAAGUCAGAAUCGAAGAUGAAGAGAACGCAGAGCUCGACGCCAUCAUCGGAAAGGAUGGAGAGAUCGGCAAUGCUGACAAUUCUGAUGCCGCCUUCGAAUCUGCCUUCGUCAAGGCUAUUUACGACGCAAACGGCAAGGAACUCGCCAAAGAUGCUGCCGUCAAGAAGGAAGUCCUCAAGUCGGAUGCUCUCAGCUAUGUAAGAUACGGAGACAAGAUCUUCGUCUACAUCGGAAAGAAUGCUGACAAGGGACUCAAGCGCACAGCUUUACAGAACGCUAUCAAGCUUCUCGAGACACUCAAGAUGCCAGAUUGGGCACCAAUCGAAGUCCUCUUCGAAGGAACAGAAGAUGACGAUUUUGGUCUUUGCUUCCAGUAA